AUGACUAUAUCGAGAGCUGAUUGCAUCAGACAUCAUAUCAUUGAACAUAUUGAUCGUGCAGCCAAGCUGAAUGUACCCAAGUCAACAGUUCAAUGUUUUUUAAAGAGAUAUAAAGAAAGAGGAACUGCUGAUAACAGAAAGUCUUCUGGAAAACCACAGCUUCUCACACCUAGAGAUAAAAGACGUAUUGUUUCGAAUAUCAAAAAAGACAGGUGGUCAACUUUGGAUGAUCUUGUUGAUGAUGCUAGUGCUGACACGGGAAAGAAUGUCAACAAGGUUACCGUGCGUAAAGCUUUACACAGCAUGGAUUUUUAUUUGCCGUAA